AUGGUGAACUUCACCUUGAUGAUCACUGCGGAGCUUGAAAAUCUCACCAAUCUUCAACCCCAAGGUGGCUGCGACGACCCCAACUUCUCUUACCUCUUCAAGUUGAAAUGCGGGAGAUGCGGAGAACUCAGCCAGAAAGAAACAUGCGUCCUCUUAAACGACACCGUUCCUCUUCCGGUUGGCAAGGGCACCACUCAUCUCAUUCAAAAGUGCAAGUUUUGUGGCAGGGAUGGCACUGUGACCAUGAUCCCAGGCAAAGGUAAACCACUCACCCAGGAAAUCACUGAAUCGGGGAAGUCCGCCCCAUUGAUGUUAUUUGACUGCAGGGGCUAUGAGCCAGUAGAUUUUGUAUUCCGUGACGGAUGGAAAGUUGAAUCGCUUGAGGGAACCAAGUUUGAGAAUGUUGACUUAUCAAGUGGAGAAUAUGCUGAGUAUGACGAGAAGGGAGAAUGCCCAGUCAUGAUAUCCAAUCUUCGAGCUACUUUUGAAGUGACAAAGUAG